GGCAGCUAACGAGUUUUGGCAACGCCCCGACUUCAGUCCUAACUGAGCGUGGCGCUGAAUCGAACGUAUUUUCUGGCUUUAAAGUGAGCUACGCAAAAAUACGUAACGAAUACGAAUACGAAUACGAAUCGAAAACUAAAUAAUAGAUAAUAGAAUUAGGUGAUAGAAGGCACAGUGAGAAUGCGCUUUAAACUGUUUGUGGCCUGUGCACUGGCCUGUGGCUUUAUGGCCUAUGUUCUGGCCAACGAGAAUGUAUCUACGGAAGUGGAAGAUCUAUUUGUGAACGCCGUGCCCGCGAAUAAAGCGCCCAAAAUUGCACAAGCUGCCGAAUUUGUCGAGAUUCCCGAGCAGCCCAAAACGCCACCCGCUGUCAAAAAGGUCGAAAAAGUGUCGCCACCCGCAACCGCACCAGUAUCCGCAUCCGCACCCGCAUCCGCAUCCGCAGCAGUAGCCGCACCCGAAGUGGCCAAGCCAGCCGUGAAAGUGGCAACGCCACAGAAAUUGGUGCCCGUUGCCUCCAGUCGUGGCACAGAUGAUAUUCUAACCGUUUCUGGCCUAAAGCCACAGCCAAUGUCCGGUGCGCUAGUCAUGCCAUAUGAAUACCUUGGUGAGCUGUACGAUGUGGAUUCCAGUGGCUACAAUUGGGAUCCCAACAACAAUGUGGCGCCACCGGAUACGCCCUCAACCGCAGCUGGCGGCUAUACAAUUACCCCCGCUCGGCUCGCCGAGCUGCGCAGCAAUUUCAUGUACUGGUUCUACGACAAGGACAACUAUGGCGGUCGUGGCGACUAUCAGUUCGACAUUCAUGCCUCGAUGACGCAGCUGCACAAGAAUCUGAACUUUCAGAUGCCCUUCUAUGGUUUCCGUUUCAACUACACACGCCUGUCGCUUAAUGGUUACUUGGAGUUCUCAGAUCCGCCAGAGUAUCUCACAUAUCCGUUGGUGUUUCCCAUUAAGGACUGGCCGCACAAACGGGAUCCCUCCUUCAUGGGCAUCUUCUUCAGCAAAUGCCGUGUGGGCCGCAUUUAUCCAUCCGAUCUCGACCAGCGCACGCCUGGCGUCUACUUCCGUGUGGUACGUGAUCUGAUGGGACGUACAGACCGCUUCGGAGUGGAGGUGAGGGAACGCACCAUGUGGGAUAUACGUACUGGAGUUGUGGGUGCUGACACUUUUGUGCCCAAGCACGUUGUGAUCGCCACCUGGAAAAAUGUUUCCUUUGCCGGCGGCAUUGACAACUCCCUCUUUACGACAAACACCUUUCAAAUGGUUCUCGCCACCGAUGAGGUCUACACUUAUGCCAUCUGGAACUACGCGGUGCUUAAUUGGUUGUCCCACACAGAAGCUGGCGGUGAUACGACCAAGGGUGAGGGCGGUACUCCAGCAUAUGUUGGUUUUAAUGCUGGCAACGGAACUCAGGCCUAUGAAUACUCACCUUACAGCCAGAACAUGGUUAUACGAGACUUGGCCAACAGGGGAUGGGGUAAUGGAUUCCCUGGCAGGCAUAUCUUCCGCAUUGAUGAGCAAAUUCUGAUCGGCUCUUGCAACAAGGAUAUAGACGCCGCGCUGCUGCCACUGACAUUUGCCCCGGAGUCUGGCAACAUGUUGGGUGGUCAGGUGGUCAACAUAACCGGACCCUGUUUUGAUCCCAAUAUACGUGUGACUUGUCACUUUGACACGGAAUCUGUGCUGGGAACGUAUGUGGAUAGGAAUCGUGUGAUCUGCGUACAGCCGUUCCUCAAGGCAGAGGGUUACAUACGCUUCCAGAUCUCGAUGGGCACACAGAGGUUCAAAUGGCGUGGCAAGUACUUUGUAGAGACACCGGCAGCAGCCACCGAGAAGAUCUUCUUUGCCACCGAUGAUGUGCACAAGAAGAACCCCAAGGAGAUUCGCAUUACGUGGAGUGCCUUCAAUUUGACAUCCAAUUCGAAUGCCAAUGUCAUGAUUUCACUAUGGGGUUAUCGUGAGACGAAAAUCGAACCCCAACUGCAGUAUAUUGAUGUCAUCGAGGCCAGUUACACGAACACUGGCAGCUACGUGAUCACGCCCUCCAAUUACCUCACUCGCCACAACAUCAACAAUGACAUGCAGUUUGGCUUCCUGCAGAUAAAUCUGACCCAACCCGAACAAUACUCCGGCUUGGCGCUCAGUCCAGUUCUGUGGUCACGCCCAAUUCCAUUGGCCUGGUAUAUGGCACCCCAGUGGGAGCAGAAACAUGGCAAACGCUGGCCCCGUGCUUUAUGUGAUAAUUGGAUACGCGCCGACCGAUUCCUCAGAAACUUUGCUGCCGACUUGCCGCUGUGCCCGUGCACCCUGGAACAGGCUGUGCUCGAUAAGGGUCGCUUCCGGCCGGAUCGUGAGUGCGACAAGGACUCCAAUCCCAGCUGUCUGCGUCAUCGUGGCGCCAUUCAUUGUGUGGUCAGUGGAACGCCAGUUGCACAGGGUGCUGAGCAGCAGUGUUGUUAUGAUCGCUAUGGCUUCUUGAUGCUGACCUAUGAUCAAAUGUGGGGAUCACGUCCACGUCGUAUUCAUAAUCUGGGCAAGAUGCCAUGGAAUGAGGCCAGCAAAGUGCCCUCGUUGUCCAUGUGGUUCCACGAUAUGCGUCCCUUCUACUCCUGCUGCUUCUGGCAGGAGGAACAGGCGGUGGGCUGUGAAACCUAUCGCUUCGAGCGUCGCCCUUCACAGGAUUGUGUUGCCUAUCAGGCACCAGGUAUUGCCGGCGUCUUUGGCGAUCCCCAUUUGAUAACGUUCGAUGGCAGCGCUUAUACUUUCAAUGGACUGGGUGAGUUUGUUUUAACGCGUAGCACAGAUCAAAGCGAACGCUUUGAGGUGCAGGGACGCUUCGAGCAGCUGCCACCGAACUACUACGGCCAGGUGAUGGCCACCCAGCUGACAUCGGUGGCCAUGAGGGGCAAUACCACAACCACAAUUGAGGUGCGUCUGCGUCCUCUUCACGCUCGUUGGCGCUACCGUCUGGAUGUGUUGGCCGAUGGACGCAAGGUUUACUUUGAUCGCGAGAGCUUGAAGUUCCAGCACUUUGAUGGAGUGACUGUGUAUACGCCAACCACCUUGUUGAAUCAGUCUCAGGUUGUGGUUCAGUUCGACGCAGGCGUUGGUGUGGAGAUCGUCGAGAAUGAGGGCUUUAUGACGGGUCGUGUGUUCCUGCCCUGGAAGUUUAUUAAUAAAACUGCUGGACUAUUUGGCAAUUGGAGCUUCAAUCCAAUGGACGACUUCACGCUGCCCAAUGGCCAGGUGGCCUCCAUCAAUCUCAAUGACCAGCGCAGCUUGUACAACAACUUUGGCCUCAAAUGGAUGCUCACGGAUCGCGAUGUACCCAAUGUGGGUGCCGCCUUGUUCACUCGAGAAUUCGGUCGCAUGGCCAGCUAUUAUUCGAAUGCAUCAUUCCUGCCCAACUUUGUUAUGGAUCCAGCCGACUUCCUGCCCUCCAAUCGCAGCUUCGAUCUCCAGCGUGCCGAGGAACUGUGCGGCGAGUGCUCACAGUGUCAAUAUGAUUAUGCGAUGACUCUCAAUCGAGACUUGGCGCACUUCACCAAGAACUAUUACGAUAGUUUGGUUAAUAUGCAGGCGGAGAAUGCCCAACGCGUGGUAUCCUGCGGCGUGUUGCAAACUCCGCGCUUCGGUCGCAAGCUUAGCUUUGAUUUCAUGCCAGGAGCAAAGGUGGCAUUUGAGUGCAAUGAGGGAUUCAUUUUGGUGGGCGAUCAGCGUCGUGAAUGCCUGUCGAGUGGUCUGUGGAAUUUACCCGAAUACGGCUAUACGGAGUGUCUGCGUGAAGUUUAUUACACGCGUCGGGUCGCUUUCAUAGCAAUUGGCAUUAUCGUACUCGUUAUAUGCCCAUUGAUGCUGUGCAUCGUUUGUGGCGUCUAUCGCUAUCGUCAGAAGCAGCUGAAGGAGGAUCCCCAUUGGCAGAUGCCCGUACUGCCCCGUUCACGUGCCGGUUCGACUCGCAAUUUGCGCACCCUGAACUAUGACCCCGAAGACGAUAGCGAUACCGAUGCGAGCACGCUGAAAAAAACUAAGAAAUGGGAUCUGGAUGAGAACGAUGAGGAUGUGACAUCAUCGGAAGGUGAGAAACCCAAGCAGUCCGGUCGUCGCUCCCUCCGCUCUGGCUCCACCACCGAACUGGACCACGAUGGCACCCCAAUCGAUCCAGCCGCCGCUGGCCACCACGAUGCCGAGGACGAUGAUUUCGAUGAGGGCGAUGUACACACGGGCACACUCCAUCCAGCCGGCUACCAUCAUCCGCUGUCGCCGGAGGAGGCCGACCAACUGCAUCGCCAGCAAUACAGUCCCACGUUCAGUGGCGUCGAUAGUCGCACCAGUGCCGCCAGCUCCAUCAACUACAAUCCCCAGGCAGCGGGACAGAAUCGCUUCGGAGGCGUGCCAGUGUUGCCCAACAACACGCAAUAUUACAAUGGGCCACCAUCGGGCGUGCCACAAGCGGCAGCGGCAGCGGCAACGCCGUUGCGCAUUGCGCCCACACUGCCUGCCACACAGCUGACGCAAGACAGCGGCCUACCCUCACCGCCACCACUUGCCACAUCGCCAACGCCAUCAGUGCAAAAGUCCACAGAGGUUUAGGACUUGACAUUUAAUAUGCACCAACUCACAAGCACACACAAACAUAUACCAUUAACAUACAUCAACAUAUACAUAUGCACAGGCUACAAAGUUCAAAUUUGUAUAACUAAUGUCAUACAUACACACACACAUACGUAUCUACUUAUUAUACUUAAUAAUUAUUGUUUAACUUUGCUAAUUACCCACCUGUCAUCGUAAUUUGUACUCGUAAUUGUUGUUGUUCUUCGACCAUGACUCUUGCAAUUAUCACCUGUUAAAAACAUAAAUGUUUAACAAAUAGCCCAGGAAUAUGUACAAAACAUAUAUAAUUAGCAUAUUAAUAUUUAAACAACUCAUACACAAUGUUUUGCUUGCAGUUUGUAUAAGUUUCCUCUGGUUACGAGUUGACAAUUUUUUCGUUUUUCAAUUGUAAAGUUCAUCAUUUAAUCAAUAAAGCAUAACUUGUUAAUACUAUAAAA